CUUGACACUGCAUUCCUCACACUGAAGAGAGCUUUGUUGAAAUGGUCAAACAGCAAAAUUGACUUCCGGAAGAACAGGCUAAAGGUUCAUGUGUCCGUUUACAACCUUCUCCUCCAUGCUUAUGCCUCGGAUAAGACCCACCUGCGUCGAAUAUAUUCCCUGUUAGAAAUGAUGGAGGAAGCAGGGUAUUCAGAGGUGGAGCCAGACGCGGAGUCCUACGCUGCUCUUCUAGAAUGUCUGGGCAGGGAUGCUGAGGGCCGACGUGAUGAGAUUCAAAUCUGUCUAACCACAAUGGAAAGCAAGACCCACCUGCGUCGAAUAUAUUCCCUGUUAGAAAUGAUGGAGGAAGCAGGGUAUUCAGAGGUGGAGCCAGACGCGGAGUCCUACGCUGCUCUUCUAGAAUGUCUGGGCAGGGAUGCUGAGGGCCGACGUGAUGAGAUUCAAAUCUGUCUAACCACAAUGGAAAGCAAGGGCAUUAAUCCCGAUUGCAUGUUUACGAAGUGCACACUGAAAGAGGAGAGCAAGAACUAUAUGUUAAAAGCAAUAAGAACUGUGAGUGAUGAAUAUGUGCCUCCCACUCCCACUGAUGAAUCAGACUACAGUGCUGUUCUUCUAGAGGAUCUGUCAAGGAAAUAUGGUGAAAAACAGUCCUAUGUCAACCCCUAUGCUGGAGAGGUUACUCCAGAACAGUUGAUGAAUCUUUUGGAGGAGCAGAUAAAAAGAGAAGAAGAAGGAAUUGUUGAAGUGGACAGUGUUCUUCAACUGACACCAGGGCAACUAGAGGGACAUAAAAAGGCGAAACCAAAAUUGAAGGAGAUAGAGAAGCAGUUCAGGGAAGUAUUAUUGAAAGCCAUUGGUGAAAGACGUGAUGAGCUUAAUCGAGGGUUUAAAAGACAGAGUGUGUACAGUCUAAACAUAGCUGUAUUUCUAUCACUGUUGUCUGAUCAGCAAUAUGUGGAGCUCUUAAUGAAGGAAAUCCGUAGCUUUUUGACAAUUAUAGAGGACAAACACUACACUCUUUCCUGGUUUGAACUUCAACUUGGAGAAAUGGUCCACAGGCAAUACACAAAAGAAGUGAAGAAGAAAAGGAACAUUCUAGAAGAUACUAAAACUUUGUAUGCAGACUAUGUGAAAGUGUACACAUCAAAAACCAUGGCCCAACCGAACCACAGAAAAACAUGGCUGGCAUUGCAGGACAAGCAUGGUAUUGAUAGAAACGCCGAUGAAAAUCUUACAAGGCUAUUCAGACAGGGCUAUAAAAUGCAUUUUGAUACCUUCAAAUUGCCAAUGUUGGUUCCUCCUUUACCUUGGACGAGUACCAAAUCCGGGGGAAUGAUUCAUGACCAAGUAAAUUUGGUCCGAUCAAAUGACUCGAGGCCAGUGGACAAAAGAAUACAGGCUCGGCCGUCCUCAGAAAUGUUGCCUUCCUUGGACACUCUCACUGCUCUUGGGGCAUGUUCCUGGAAGAUUAACGAGCCAAUUUUGGACCUGGCUCUUAAAAUCUUUCGGGAGAAAGGGGACAUGACACUGGAUAUUCCAUAUUUACCCUCUUCUUAUCCCCCAUUACCUAAGAUUGACAAAACCAUGAGCAAACGAGAUCGCAGAGAGGCCUUUCAAAAGAGAGAAAAGAUGGUGAAGGAACAGAGUGAGAACUACAGCUUGUGGUGCACGGAACUCUACAGGCUGUCCAUGGCAAACAUGUUUCGUAAUGACGUAUUCUGGCUCCCCCAUAACAUGGACUUCAGGAGCCGUGUCUAUACUGUGGCGCCAUUCUUACAGCACAUGGGCAGUGACCUUACAAGGGGUCUGCUGAUGUUUGGCACAGGGAAGCCCCUGGGUCCUCGGGGUCUGGACUGGCUGAAGAUACAUCUUAUCAAUACGACAGGGUUUAAGAAAAGGUCCUCUUUGAAGGAGAGACUUAUUUAUGCAAAUGAGCUGCUGCCGGAGAUACUUGACUCUGCAGAUUACCCUCUGGAGGGCAAAAAAUGGUGGCGAUCUUCAGAUGAGCCUUGGCAGACGUUAGCAUGUUCCAUGGAAAUAGCCAAGGCAAUCAGGUCUCCUAAUCAUGAAGAGUUCAUUUCUCACUUUCCUGUACAUCAGGAUGGCACGUGUAAUGGUCUGCAGCACUAUGCAGCUUUGGGUCGGGACCAAGCUGGUGCUAAGUCUGUCAACCUCGCCCCUUCGCCUGUACCUUGUGAUGUUUAUAGUGACGUAACCGAGUUGGUGGAAAAAGAAAGACAGGCUGAUGCUGCAAAAGGCAAUGAAAUAGCAAAAGUUUUAGAGGGAUUUGUUAGUAGGAAGGUGAUCAAGCAAACUGUGAUGACCACUGUGUAUGGAGUAACGCCUUAUGGAGCCAAGCUGCAGAUUCUCCGUCAAUUGACAGAACUUGAGGGUUUCCCUCACAAACAUGAUAAAGAGGCUGCAAAGUAUCUGGCAGAAAAGACAUUCAAAGCCAUUCGCAAUAUGUUCAAAUCAGCCAGAAGAAUCCAGGACUGGUUUAUACAGACUUCUGUAGCUGUGUCUAAAGUGUGCUUAAAGCCAAUGGAGUGGACCACUCCCCUAGGUUUUCCCGUCAUCCAGCCUUAUUAUAAAACAACAAAAUACAAUAUUAAGGAUGGCAGCAAAAAAUCUGUGAAACUAAUUAAACCCAAUGCUGUGAAACAGAAGAAUGCCUUUCCACCAAACUUUGUUCAUUCAUUAGAUGCCACUCAUAUGAUGUUGACUUCCCUGUACUGUUUAGAAGCAGGAAUCACUUUUGUGUCAGUACAUGACUGUUUCUGGACACACCCUUGCGAUGUGGAAAUAAUGAACAAAAUAUGUCGAGAGCAGUUCAUCGCUCUCCACAACCAACCAAUUUUGAGUCAGCUAUCAGAGGAGCUUUGUGAAAAAUAUGGAUUUAGUGAAAGAGAAGCAUCUAAAAAUCCUUCAAUUGCACAUUUAAACGGAAUUCUCAGGAGAGUGCCAAAAAAAGGUAAUUUUGCCUUAGAGAAAGUAAAGAAGUCGGAAUACUUCUUCAGCUAGCACUCCCCCUGGUAAAGACGAGCCACUAUUCUUUCUCCAUAGCACAGGAACAUGUUGUGAUAUGGUUUACACAUGCCUGGAUACUUCUUUUCUGCCCACUCAGAAUCUUUGAAAAGAUUGACCAACAGUGACCAUUUAUGAUAAAUGUGUCUGGAUGAUCACAGAAGCACCUUUUAUAGAUUAAAUCACUUAGGGAUAAAUAUGUGGCAGAUUUCUCAUAUUCAUCUUUUUUUUAACAUUUCUGAUAUGGUUUUGUUAUUUCUACAACAAUUAUGCAUAAAAUUUGAAAAUCAGUGAAUCUAUUACUUCUUCAGUAAGAAUAUAUGGUUGGUUUUCGGGUAAGUGGCGAUUUGAAUAGUCCAAGAGAGGUUUUCUUGUCAGAAAGUUUUUUAUGGGAGACAUGAAUGUUAUUGUGCACCAUUUGAAGACUUGUAAUAAUGAUUAUCUGAAAACUUUUGGUGGAAAAAAUUAUGAGUAAAAUUAUGUCACAUCCACUUGUUUCACCAUUGUAGAUUGAAAGUGAUUGUUUGCUUAAUAAGUCUAAUUAAUUAUUUUUUUUCCAAAAAGGCAUCCAAUACGUAAUCCUUCUCUUAUGUUGUACUGAUACUUAAAAUAUAUUGAAAUGGUGUUGGGGGCAUUUCCAUGUUCUGUCACAUUUUUUAAAUUGUGUAACUUCAUACUUAGAUGUCUCAUAGUUCUCACAUUCUAAAAAUUGCUCCACUUGUAAGAGAAUGAAUUAUUGGUCACAUGUACGGAGGACAAAAUGACAGACAGAUUAACCAACUCUACAUAUUCAAAUACCAUGUGCAUUUUGAAAUUCUUGGGUUUUUUU